UCCCGGAUUGCGUCCAAAUGCAGACGCACUGCUGUGAGAGCUGAAGGGAAUCCUUCGUCGCUGUAAUUCCCUGACCAGUGAUCCAGAAAAGCACCAUGGGCCUGAUCACAGAAGAUCUUAUUAGACGGAAUGCUGAGCACAAUGACUGUGUAAUUUUUUCCCUGGAGGAACUUUCCCUGCAUCAGCAAGAAAUAGAAAGACUAGAACACAUCGACAAAUGGUGCCGGGAUUUAAAAAUUCUCUAUCUGCAAAAUAACCUCAUUGGAAAAAUUGAAAAUGUUAGCAAACUCAAGAAACUUGAAUAUUUGAAUUUAGCACUAAACAACAUUGAAAGAAUUGAAAAUUUGGAAGGAUGUGAGUGGCUGACAAAACUUGACUUAACUGUAAAUUUUAUUGGCGAGUUGAGCAGUGUUAAAACUCUGAAGCACAACAUCCACCUGAAGGAACUCUUCCUCAUGGGCAACCCAUGUGCUGACUUUGAUGGCUACAGGCAGUUUGUGGUGGUGACUUUACAACAGCUAAAGUGGUUGGAUGGCAAAGAAAUAGAGCGUUCUGAAAGGAUCCAGGCAUUACAGGACUACCCAGAAGUUGAACAGCAAAUCAGAGAACAAGAGAAAGCUUACUGCCUUAGACGGGCCAAAGAGAAAGAGGAGGCCCAGAGGAAACUCGAGGAAGAAGAUGAAGACAAGAAGAAAAGCUGCCCAGGUUUUGAUGGGCAUUGGUACACAGACACUCAUGCUGUUUGCCCAUCUUCCAUAGAGGACAAAGACCAUCUCCAGGUACCAGAAACACAAGAAGAGGAGCACAUCGCAAAGAAAUCAGAUGAACAUGAAGAUGACAUGGCAUUCUGGAACAAACCCUCUUUGUUCACUCCUGAAUCUAGGUUGGAAACUCUUAGGCACAUGGAAAAACAACGUAAAGCCCAAGAAAACUUAAGUGGAAAUAAGAAGAAAGUGAAACCACCCCGGACUUUGGUCACUGAAGAUGGGAAGGUCCUGAAUGUCAAUGAAGCCAAACUUGAUUUCUCUUUGAAAGAUGAUGAGAAACACAACCAGAUCAUCCUGGACCUGGCUGUCUAUAGGUACAUGGAUACCUCAUUAAUUGAGGUUGAUGUGCAGCCCACGUAUGUUCGAGUAAUGGUCAAAGGAAAGCCGUUUCAGCUUGCCCUUUCUGCAGAGGUCCAGCCUGACAAGAGCUCCGCUAAAAGGUCUCAAACAACAGGACAUUUGCUGAUAUGCAUGCCCAAGGUAGGAGAAGUGAUCACAGGAGGUCAGCGAACACCCACGUUUGUGAAAAGCAGCCUGGACAGCAGCAGAGAGCAAGUGAACCACAGAAAAAAGCAGAUAGAAAGAUUAGAAGUCGAUCCCAGCAAGCAUUCCUGCCCUGAUGUGACUACAAUUGUACAAGAGAAAAAACAUAAACCCAAAAGAAUAAACUCUCAAGCCCAAGUUGUACCCAGCAUGGAAGAUCCCGACUUUGAUGAUAACCCAGAAGUGCCUCCACUAAUUUGA